AUGGGAUUCUUGAAAAAGAACACAUUUACUCGUUUUGGUACCCCAAAGGCGAUAAUCAAUGAUGGUGGUUCUCACUUUUGCAAUAGAGCCUUUGCGGGAUUGAUGGAAAAGUAUGGAGUCAAGCAUAGGAUGGCAACCCCUUAUCAUCCUCAGACAAGCGGGCAAGUUGAGGCCCGCAAGCUCGAUGAUGCUCUAUGGGCUUACCGGACUACCUUCAAGACUCCGAUUGGAACUUCGCCUUUCAAGCUAGUUUUUGGUAAAGCAUGUCAUGUGGAAGUUAAAGUUGAACAUAAGGCCAUGUGGGACUUGAAGAAAUUGAACAUUAAUUGGGAAGAAGCGAUCAAACUCAGGUUGUUUCAACUCAAUAAGAUGGAUGAGUUCCGCUAUCAGGCAUAUGAAAGUGCAGCAUUAUACAAAGAGAGGAUGAAGCAGUAUCAUGACAAGAAAAUACUGAAGCGCGAGUUUUACAAGGGUGAUCAUGUCCUACUGUUUAACUUUAGAUUGAAGCUGCUACCGGAUAAAUUAAUAUCAAGGUGGUCCGGCCCUUUUGAAGUGGUAAGUGUUUCACCCCAUGGAGCGAUUGAAUUAAAGUCCGAAAAUAGAACUCGGACAUUUAAGCUGAAUGGGCAGAGGGUGAAGCACUACCAUGGUUGCAUAGAGGGGGAUAGAAUUCUUGAUUGGUACUGGUUAAAGCAUCUAGGAACGGAUCCUGAAACAGAGUAA